CGCGGCCCGGAGACCCCGGGGCGGGCGGGGCGCGGGCAGGUCCUUCCCUCCGCGAAGUGCGUGAAGCGAGGCGCUAGCAGAGCCCGAGCGUCCGCCCGCGGGGCGAUGCCGCUGGUUCUGGCCGGUCCCCGCAUGCCCCGCGCCGGAGACAAAGCCCGCGCCUGAGCCGCACCCUCAGCCUGCGCGCCCCGCUCCGGGGGCAGCAGAAUGAAAGAGGGAAUGUCCAAUAACAGCACCACAAGCAUCUCCCAGGCCAGGAAGGCCGUGGAGCAGCUAAAGAUGGAAGCCUGCAUGGACAGGGUGAAGGUCUCCCAAGCAGCCGCGGACCUCCUGGCGUACUGUGAAGCCCACGUGCGGGAAGACCCUCUCAUCAUACCAGUGCCUGCCUCCGAAAACCCCUUCCGAGAGAAGAAGUUCUUUUGUACCAUCCUCUGACUCUGUUAGGAAACUGUCUCUUUUCUCUGUCUGUAGUGACCUUGCAUGCUCUGAGCUUUAGGGAGCUCCACCCCCACCCCCACCCCCCACUCCACCUGGGUUGCUGGAGCCAAGUUUCCUGGUCCCCCUGGUUUUCUUCACUGAAUUUGAAUUUCACUUCUUUUUUUCAUUUGCACAUUGAUUCCACUGUCAGCAGGAAAACAAGACAUUUUAGUAACCAAAUAGCAAGUGCUGAGUCCCAAGGAAGUAAGGAUCCCAGGGUGUAAAUUUCUAAGCAUCGAUUCCCAAGGUUAAAUGCAUCAAAGUAAUACAUUUCAGUGAAUAACCUAUUCAAACAAAAAAUUGUCCCCAAGAAUUCCCCACUCACAAUGACCCAGUGUCAAGUUAGAACUUUUGGGCCCACUGCAUUAGAUAGGGAAAAAAUUCUCCUCUCCCUUCCUGAGGAAAGCAAUUCUGAAUUCUCUAUAUCCUUUUCUAUCAUCCUUUGAGAAAGGAAAUAAUCCAGUCGUGAAAGAAAGUUUUCUUUUUUUUUUUUUUUUUGAAAGAGAGUGUGUGUGUAUCUUUCUAAGGGCCUGGGACCCAAACCCAAAUGGGAGCCCUAGACUGUAGCAGACUCAAGUGGAAGACUAUAUACAGCAGCCAUUUGUUUACCUGUGUCCACAGGGCCAGCCCAGAGUGCCAUCUUCCCUCUCCCUGUUGUAAACAGCAGAAAAACCAGGUCUUGAGUGCAGGCAGAGUGACCCCAAGAACCCUUCCUGAACCCCUGAGCUCCACUGCCUUUAGGAACACCUCUUUGCAGAGUAGCCCCUCAAACGAACUGAACCCCUUGCUGGGGAGCCCAUUUGCCAUCAUCCCUCUUCCCAUCUUAUCCGGGAAGAGUCACAUGGUCCUGUAUUCUGGCCACUUAAUGAACAGGGAUGACCCCGUGACUCAGUUCUCAGUUUUUCUGUGGCAAGCUUGCACGCCUCCCCUAAAACAGAUACAUGCCAGAGAAUAAAGCAGAGAAUAAACCAUGGGUGCAGAGAGCUCUUUGUCUAAGUUUGUUCUAUUUUGUUUGUUUGGAAACUGCCUCUCUCCCUAGCUCUGACAGUGGCUUGCUGUUUAAUAUAGGGCAAGCCAUUGUGUGCUUGAAAUGUUCUAACCUGCAAAUUGGAGCUAAUGGUAAUUACUCCUGCUUUUCUGUCUGGGAGGAAGCGCAGAGGUGCUACAGAGAUGAAAGCUGUGUUUACCAUUAAAGCAAACAGAUGCACUCAAUGCCAAGCAAAAAGCUAGGGAAAGAUACAUGACUUCAAAGAUACCAUCCAGUUGGAAGAGAUAGUGUAAAAUUGCCUCAGAGGAAGAUGAAUAUAACUUGCAGAUCAAUUAGUGGACUGGCACCCCCUUGUCUUUCUUAGGCCAUUUUUGUUCUUUGCUGCUUUUGUUGAAACUUGUCCUUAGUGUCAAUGUCAGUGGUGUUAGGAAGCUGUGGGUUCCAACUAUAGCAGAUCCGUAUGCUGUGUGUGAUAAUAAGACUUCAAGUCCUUCUCUAUUUUAGUGUGUGACCAAGAUCUCUUUAUUCUGUGGUCUGUGUCAACACCAUUAACCUGAUAAAGCAGAGCACAAUCCAUAAAAGCACACCAGAGGAGCUGAGAAAGUGGGACAGCUCCGAAACUGCUAAAAACAGGUCAAGAAAAAAAAUAUACAUGCUUCUAGUCUUCCAGCAGAUAUUCACCCCUUCAUUUUUUUUUCCUUUUUCAUCAUAUUCUGCCCCUCCUUUGUUAAAAUUCUCUUCUGCUCCUCUUUUUUUUUUUUUACCAUCCCUCCAUGAGAAAAAAAAAAUUUUUUUUUUUGGUCCCAGGGCUGGGUGGUGUGGUGUGCCUGACUGAGCACACAUGCUACAAUGCACAAGGACCCAGGUUUGAGCCCUCAGUCCCCACCUGCAGGAGAAAAGUUUACAAGUGAUGAAGCAGUUCUGUAGGUGUCUCUGUCUCUCUCUUCUGUCUCCCCCUUCCCUCUCAAUUUCUGGCUAUCUCUACCCAAUAAAUAAUGAUAAUUAAAAAGAAAAAAAGGGGGCAUUAUUUUGGUUCCUUUACAACACUU